CCCUCCCAGCCCCAUGGGCUCUCUCAGGACUCUGUCCCUUAUGAUGACCUCGCUAGCCUCAGCUCUCGUUUCCAGGCUCCAGCAUCCCCUGCCAGGAAGUGCCCGCUCCCCAGCAUGGCCAGCUGUCCCCUCUGGCCUGCCCACAGCCCUUCCUCACCCUCUGUCCUGGUCGAAUCACCUCCCAUCUUGCAGACUGCCAAGUUUUCCUAGAAUUUUACAAUUAGAAAUUCACUGAUGAUGUUGGUGACAGCGAGGUGUCGUGGUGGUGAGCUGGAAGAGUCAACCAGGGGUACAAGCCUUGAGGAGGACUAGUUGGAGAGAAAAGGGGAAAAGUAGGAAAAUAGCUAGAAAGGAAUGAGUUUCAGGGAGCUUGUGGUUUUGUUGCGAUUUAAAGGAGAGACAGAUUUUGUUUUCCUAUGGAGAAGAAGCUCAUAAAGAAGGAGAAACGAAAGAACUGAAGAGAAGGGCUAAUGAAGAAGAGAGAUCAGGUGGGCCUCAGGGUCCACAUGAGAAGGUAGUCUUGGCGGGAAGAGACAGCCCUUCAUCGGAGAGUCGUUCAACUAACCUGAGUGCCUGUGGCGAGGCUAUGUGGUCCCUGCGCUCAUGGAGCCAGUGGUCAGGGAAAGAGGCGAUGGAGGAAUGGGCACACCGUCUAGGCUGGUAAACUGAGAGAUGCCUCUCUGCCCCUCUGCUGCUGCAUUGUGACUGUGUCCUUCGUGAGUGCAUGUUUACGCCUGCCCCCAUCAAAUGGCCAGCACCUUCCUGGGGCAGGAGCGUUCUCUUCUCCCUCCACUCUCCCAGGGGGUGUGCCAGCACCCCCAGGUCCCAGCAUGAGGCAGCUCCUCUUUCAGCUGCCUUGCCUAACCUACUGAGAUUCUGCCGGGCCUCCCAUGCCCUGCCCUGGUCCCCUCACCUCAGAACCCCGGAAAGACUCCCCAUCAGCCCCAUCUGCUGUUGGGGAUGGGAAUCCACGGGUCCUGCUGUUGCCUCUGCUCCUUGCUGGCUCUGUUCCCUCAAGCCAGUCCUUUUCCUCCCUUGAGUCUUCGUUUCUCUGUCUGUAAAAUGGGAUUGAUGAUAACACCCGUCAGCUUGCUCUGCUCACGCAGUUGAGCAGGGCCUCCAAUGAGGCGUGUUGGAGGGCUUGGUAAAGGGCUGUCCUUGGUGAGGGCAGAAGGAGGCUUCUGAUUUCUCCUAGCCUGACCUGCAGCUGCUCCUCAGGGUGGGCUCAGUCACCAACACUCGGGAUCAGUUUGUAGGGAGGUGAUCCCCCCACCCUGAAACGCUGUCUCCAGUGCCAUUAACUCGCCCUCCCUGUGCUCUCCUGGCUAAAGGGUGUUGCUGCAGGAGUGCUCUGUGAGGAAAGGAGUUUUCACUGUGAAGGGUGUCUAACUGGAUGGGCCCCAGGUGGGCCUGCUAUCCCCAGUGGUGAGGCCACAGGCUGGUGCGUGCCAGCGCUGUCCACUGGGAGGGGAAGUGGCCAUCUCAGGGAGGCAGUGCAGCUGGCAGGGUCCAGGCCUGUGGCAGGGCCAGGGACAAAGCGGCUCUGAGCUGCCCGUCAAUGGGCGCCUGUGUUCUGGGAGUGGGGGCGGGGUGCUCCCGGCCCCCCCACUCCGCCCCCCGCAGGACGUCCUGGGCUGGACACUGGGCAGAGGAGGUCCCGCACGGGGGAAGGGCCGGCCCUGCCCCUCCGGGGUUGUCCCAUGUGCCUGGGCAUAAGGAGAUGGCACCAGGAUCAGGGUUUCUGGGGGCCGGGAUGCUGAUUGGGCACAGGCGGGAGGCGGGCACAGGCCAGGCCAGGCCUCCCAGGCGCAGUGCCCGGCGGCCCGCAGCUCCCGCCUCGGUAGCCGGGACGGGAGGAGCCCCGUAGAGCGGGGACCCGGGCGCAGGGCCGCGCCGGCUGCGGAGGGGCGCGCGGCUGGACGUCGCCGGCGUGUGGCCCGGGGCGGGGCGCUCGGCGCGUCGGGGGCAGGGUCCCCGCGGACCGGCCUCGGUCCCGCCCUCCGAGGCGGCGGCAGAGCAGCCGGAGCAGCAGCCGACCGAGCCCAUCCUGCGCCCCUGCUCCCGGCUGCGCCCUCCUAGUUAGCUGCGCCCCCGCUCCCGGCGGCCGGCCUCAUCCCCCGCCAUGCGGCCAGCCGGGCUGUGCGGGGCAGCGCCGCUCGCUGCCGUCGCCCUCCUGGCGCUGGGGGUUCCCCCAGCGCUGGCCGGUGAGGACUGCCUGUGGUACGUGGACCGCAACGGCUCCUGGCACCCCGGCUUCAACUGCGAGUUCUUCACCUUCUGCUGCGGGACCUGCCACCAGCGGUACUGCUGCCGAGACCUGAGCCUUCUCAUCACCGAGAGGCAGCAGAAGCACUGCCUGGCCUUCAGUCCCAAGACCAUAGCAGGCAUCGCCUCGGCUGUCAUCCUUUUUGUGGCUGUGGUUGCCACCACCAUCUGCUGCUUCCUCUGCUCCUGCUGCUACCUGUACCGCCGGCGCCAGCAGCUGCACAGCCCAUUUGAAGGCCAGGAGAUUCCCAUGACAGGCAUCCCAGUGCAGCCAGUGUACCCGUACCCCCAGGACCCCAAAGCUGGCCCUGCACCCCCAGAGCCUGGCUUCAUGUACCCACCUAGUGGUCCUGUUCCCCAGUACCCACCCUACCCGGCGGGGCCCCAGAUCUACAACCCCGCAGCUCCUCCCCCCUAUAUGCCACCGCAGCCCUCCUACCCAGGAGCCUGAGGACCCAGUCUGCUGCCCCUCAGUCACGCCCUCUCCUGCAUCUGCAUCUGGCCCUGGGGGUGGGCAGGGGUCUUCCAUGCACCAGGCCCCAGACCAAGCCCAGCCCUGGGCCCAACGGGGGACAGAGCCCCAGGAAGUGGAACAGGAGCUGAGCUGGACCUUGGCUGUGAAUGGGGGG